AUGCAGAAUGGUAUUACUGUGGCUGGAGGAAACGGGCAAGGAAGUGAGGUGCAUCAACUCUCCAAUCCAUGGGGUUUAUAUGUUGAUGAUGAUCAAACAAUUUACAUUGCGGACUUUUCGAAUCAUCGUAUUGUGGCAUGGAAAUAUGGUGAGACGACUGGUCGAAUUGUGGCCGGUGGGAAUGGACCAGGAAACAGACUUGAUCAAUUGAACGGGCCGUAUGACGUUAUGAUCGAUAAAGAAAGAGAUAGUAUUAUCAUUUGUGAUUAUAACAAUAGAAGAGUAGUUCGAUGGCCUCGUCAAAAUGGUAGCAAUGGAGAAACGAUUGUCUCAAAUGUUGGAUGUUUGGGCUUGACAAUGGAUCAUGAUGGAUUUCUCUAUGUUUCUGAUCGGGAUAAACAUGCUGUCAGACGAUAUCGAAUAGGAGAAAAUCAAGGAACAGUUGUUGCAGGUGCAAAUGGGCAAGUGAAUCGUCUCGAUCAAUUAUCUCAACCGAGAUACGUAUCCGUUGAUCGGGAUCAUUCAGUGUACGUAUUCGACGAUUCUAACCAUCGUGUGAUGAAGUGGAUGAAAGAUGCAAAACAAGGCAUUGUUGUUGCUGGUACUCAAGAUUCAUCAUAUCCUUAUGGAAUCGUUGUAGAUCAAUCAGGUACUGUCUACGUAGCUGAAUGUUUGAAUCAUCGGAUAACACGUUGGUCUCAAGGAGCUACACAGGGAAGUGUCAUUGUUGGUGGAAAUGGUCAAGGAAGUCAAUCGAAUCAAUUCUCUUCUCCUAUCGAUGAUCAUUCUCAAGAUUUUGUUUUUCAUCUAUAA